AUGGGGCAUUUUGAUCGCUUGAAGAAGUACAACGGAAAGGAUAGGGAGGAGAAGAAAGACAAGAAGGAAACAAAAAAGGAAACAAGAACGGCAGCAGAGCUGGAGGAGGAACGCAGAAGGAAAGAGGAAGAAGAGAAAGAAGAGGAGGAGUUAGAGAAAGAAUGUGAAAAGUGGUGCAGCAUUGUGUGCAAGAUCCUAAUUGUGGUCCCAAUUCUCGUGACAUAUGUGCUUAUGCCGCUGCGGGAGCUUGUCCUAAGACCUGACAUGGCCAUAGAUAUGCCAAAUCUCAGUGGCGUGCGUGCAGUUGUUACAGGUGGCUGCUCAGGAUUAGGGCUGCACACAGCUCUUGCAAUGGCGCGGUCUGGCGCCUCAGUGGUGCUGGGUUGCCGCUCCGAGGGGAGCAGUGCGGCGGCCGUGGCGUUGGAAACUUUGAAGAAGGCCAGCAAAGCCAAAGCGCAGCCGGCGGUUUGGUCUUUAGAAAUGGACUCUUUGGAGUCGGUCCGUUUGUUCGCAGAGAGAUAUGUUGAGAGCAUUGGAACGCUCCACAUUUUGGUGAACAACGCCGGAACCACAGAAGCUUGCAGCCUUACCCGCGAUGGUUUUGAGUCUGCCUUCCAGGUGAACUAUUUGAGCCACUUUUUGCUGACCAAUAUCCUACUCCCCGUCCUUCGCGCAAGCAGCCCUUCCCGGAUCAUCCACAUUGCUUGUCAAGAAGGUUACUUACGCCCAGCGCGUGGGUGGAGUCAUCGCUUCCCUGAGGGUAUACUGCAGGGCUGGCUCGGCAGCCCAGUGCCAAUCCAGGAGACCAUAAGGGUUGGUUCGCUGCGGGUGGCCUUCAAUGCAAGCAGGGUUGGAGCCAGCCAUGAGUUGGAAGCAUCUUUAGAUUCCGAAGUAGCUUCUCGGGAUCCUGUUGAAUGGAGUGUGGAACGUUGUAGGCCUGCCGAAGCUUACAGCAAUGCCAAGCUUGCGGUCCUUGCCUUUUCAAAGGAACUGGAAUUUCAGCUUCGGAAUUCUCGGAGCGAUGGCGUAACCUCUCACGCCAUCAACCCAAAUGCUAUGCUCACAGAUUUCAAACCACCAGCGACUUCGGAGCGGUCCUCUUUGUCGUACUUCCCACCCGUUUGGAUUGCAGGCAAAGUCUUCGGCUUUGUUGGUGACUGGUUGCGGAAGAUGACCAUGCGUUCUGUGGAGCAUGGAGCCAAAGGAGUGCUCCAUGUGGCAAGUUUGAAAGCCUUAGAGAGACACGGUGGAGGUUUAUUUGACGAUACAGAGACAUCCUUUACAAAAUGCGGCAGAGCCCCUGCCUUUUGUGGUCGAGUGCCUGACGCAUGGCUACCACCUGUCAUCUUGGAUGAACGAGCCACCGGGCAGCUUUGGAAGUUAAGCAGUGACCUGGUUCACUUGCCGAAUUGCGAUGGGGACACAUGCGACGCAGUUUAG